UGGGUAUCUUUCUUUCUGAAAUCCUCUAAUCCUCAACAUGUUUGUUAAUGCCAACAUUAUCUCCUGCAACUUCUCUACCUUCCCAUCGCUGACUCUCAAAGACCCAGAACUCAAAACUUUACUGCACAGCCACAACCUUAAACCCAGAAUCUCAUUUCUCAAAGAAACCUCAAAGUUUUCAGCUUUUCUUAAACCCCAGAAUCAUAGAAGCUCAAUCUUAGCAUUUCAGAAGAAGGGUCUUACUCAAAUUUGUCAUUGUUCCUUAACGAGUCAGACGUCAGAAGACCCAGUUGUGGAAAAAAAAGAUCCCUUGGAAGGUGGGGUUGAUGGGGGUGGAAAUGGUGGAGAGGGAGGGGACUGGACAACCUCAAUUUUGCUCUUGGUGUUGUGGGGAGCGCUCAUGUACUAUGUUUUCAAUCUCGCUCCAAACCAGACCCCGUCGAGGGACAUGUAUUUCUUAAAAAAACUCCUGAAUUUGAAGGGAGAUGAUGGUUUCAGGAUGAAUGAUGUGCUUGUGUCUCUGUGGUACAUAAUGGGUUUGUGGCCUUUGGUGUAUAGCAUGCUGCUGCUUCCAACAGGUAGAAGCUCAAAAAGCAACAUUCCGGUUUGGCCAUUCCUAGUACUUUCAUUCUUCGGUGGUGUAUAUGCUCUUCUUCCCUAUUUUGUACUUUGGAGACCACCACCACCUCCUGUUGAAGAAACGGAAAUCAAAAGAUGGCCUCUGAAUUUUCUGGAAUCAAAAUUAACUGCUGCGAUAUCACUUGCUGCAGGACUGGGUAUACUUGUUUAUGCAGGUUUAGCUAACUGGGAUGACUGGAAGGAAUUUUUCCAGUACUUCAGAGAAAGCAAAUUUAUCCAUAUCACAUGCCUUGAUUUCACUCUACUAUCUGCAUUUGCUCCAUUUUGGGUUUACAACGAUAUGACUGCCAGGAAAUGGUUUGACAAAGGUUCUUGGCUUCUUCCCCUAUCGCUGGUGCCAUUCUUAGGUCCUGCUUUGUACCUUGUCCUAAGGCCGUCACUAUCAACAAUGCCCGUUACACUCGGCCGCACAACAUCCGAACCUAAAUGAUAUUCACAUUUUUUGUGCUGAUAUCAUCUGUGUGGUGAUUUUGUCAAUGUAUGGCGAAAGAAGAAUAGGCAGCCUAAGAUGGAUGAAAAUAACUUGAUAGCAAAAAUUUUGAAAUGCCAUUAUUCCUGUGCACUCAACUGUUCAGUCCCUGUUGCUAGAUGACGAGUUAUUUUCCUUAUGCAGACUGCUGGAUAUGCUUAUGAAAGGACAAAGAAUGGUUGUCAGAAAUUAGUUAGCUUCUAAGCUUGCAGCCGCCUCCCCCCUCCACCUCUUCAUGGUGAAAUUCACCUGAAAUUAUAGUUUCAACUCGUUUCCUUUGUAUUUUGCAUCAAGUAAUACAUGAUCGGUUUCAUGAGCAAGAUAAUUCCCUGUUACUUUGUUUUGGACAUUGUAACAAUGUAGAAGAAUGUAUGUUCCAUAAUUAGAGGCUUCUGGAUGUUACAACAUUUUAGUAGAUGUAUUAGAUUAAAUAAUUAGACUAAUUCUGUAACUUUAAUGAAGUUAAUUAGAACAUAAAUAUCCCUAUAGA